AUGGCUUUGCUGGGACUGCUCGUCCUGCUGGCCCUGACCUGGCCCGUGGGGGCCGCCUGGGACACGUGCAGAGGCACCUGCGGGCUCCGGCCCAUGGCCUUCGACCACAGAUCGCUGGUUCCCGAAAAUUCCCAGGACUCUGACUAUGGAUCCUGGGAUUCUUUCGAAGACACCUCGCAGGACAUGGGUGGCACUGGGGUCCACCCAGGGGCCUGGCCUGGUGUCAUCAGCAUCCAGGCCACCUUGGACAAUGGCACGUGGCACAUGUGCUCGGGGGCACUCAUCCACCCCCAGUGAGUGCUGACAGUGGCCAGCUGCUUGGUUAGGGCAGGGUCUGUCUUCCACUGGAAGGUGCUGAUCGGGGCCACGGAUCUGGCUAAGCCGGGCCCCAAGGCCGAGGUGUUCCAGAUCAAGCAGAUCCUGGUGCACAAUGGCUACGUGGCCGCCACGGCCAGGAGCAACAUUGACCUCCUGAGGAUGGACCAGCCCGUGGAGUGCAGCGACUACAUCCAGCUGGGCUGUGUGCCCGACAGCUCCCUGGCAGUGCCCGAGCUGAAAACCUGCUACAUUGCGGGCUGGAGAGCCACCCCGGGCAGCGCCCGGAGCCCACGCCUGGUGCUGCAGGAGGCCAAGGUGCGGCUCAUGGACGUCCAGCUUUGCAACAGCAGCCGCUGGUACGGGGGGGCCGUGCACCCCCAGGACCUGUGCGCGGGGUACCCGCGGGGCGGCAUCGACACCUGCCAGGGGGACAUCGGGGGACCUCUGGUCUGCAAGGACAACGUUGGUGACUACUUCUGGCUGGUGGGACUGGCCAGCUGGGGCCGAGGCUGUGCCGGGGCCAAGCGACCCGGGGUGUUCACCUCCACCCAGCACUUCCACACCUGGAUCCAGGUGCAGAUGGGAUUGCUCCCACCAGGAACUGAUGUUCCUCCUGCAGAGCCCUUCCCACUGCCACCCCCGGAACCAGAGGAAGAGCCUGAGCCGGACUCAGAUUUGAGCGAUCUGGAGAAUCCCAACCCAGAACCAGAGGAUUCUAUGGUGAUUUCAUUCCAACAACAAAUCCUGGGGAAAUUCCUGAAUCUGGUGCUGGAGCUCCUGCAGUUCCUGAAGGGAUGGAAGGUGCUGAUCGGGGCCACGGAUCUGGCUAAGCCGGGCCACAAGGCCGAGGUGUUCCAGAUCAAGCAGAUCCUGGUGCACAAUGGCUACGUGGCCGCCACGGCCAGGAGCAACAUUGACCUCCUGAGGAUGGACCAGCCCGUGGAGUGCAGCGACUACAUCCAGCUGGGCUGUGUGCCCGACAGCUCCCUGGCAGUGCCCGAGCUGAAAACCUGCUACAUUGCGGGCUGGAGAGCCACCCCGGGCAGCGCCCGGAGCCCACGCCUGGUGCUGCAGGAGGCCAAGCUCUGA